UAGGGUAUUCUUUGUCGUCUUCCUGCCCCUUUUUGUUAAGGGAGGAUCCAGGAAUGCUGCCAGCUGGUGACACAAGCUCUGCUCCUCUAACACGCAGCAGCAACACCAGAGAGACAAGCAAAAAGAAACGUUAACGAAGACACGUCUAACAUGCCUCAGUACUCUGACCUGGAGCAGGCCAUCAACACACUGGUCAGUGGGUUCCACCAGGCCUCAGGUGACCAUAGUGCCACGCUGAAAACAGAUGAAUUCAAAAAUCUCUUGUCUUCUCAGAUGCCCAAUCUGGCCAAGGGUAUCGGCACAGACCAAGGGCUGAGUGAGAUAAUGCGGAAGAUGGGGGUAGCUGAUGGUGAGGGCAUCUCUUUCAAACACUUCUGGAACUUCGUCCAGACGGCUGCCUCUUCACAGUACAACCUCUUCAGCAGCCAGAAGGGCACAUCUUGCAGCUGCAUCCUCCUGUGAAGGGCAUGCUCUCAGCCUCAAUACAUUAGGUUUCCAUUAUGAAAGUUAACUUUAAAACACUCUAGUCAGCUGUCAGACAGAAAACAAAGGUACAAGCUCUUCCCAACAUUUUAAACUAAAACAUUUUAGGUUACUGUCAUUUCUCCAGGUUUCAAAUUAUGCGAACUCUUCCAUCAUCCUUUACAGUACUUCAAGUAAAGAGUAGUGGAUCUUUAUAUACUGCAGUGUCAUCUGAAUCAUUAGUCUCUAUGAUUAAAUUAGAAACUAUAAAUUCUUGUUUGACUCAUACUUCACUCAUAGUUUGGUUUUGUCAAGAUGUGGCGAGCACUGACCAAUUUUGAAAUGUUGGCCCUCAUCAAAUAGAUGCAUCAUCUAAAAUCAUCCAUCAUUUAGUAUUUUAAAAAACUGAACAGGAACAUUCAUCUCAUUAGUUAACCACAUAAGCGCCAUAAAAAGGUAGGGCAAGAGUUUAUAUAGAAUAAUAUAAUGAGCUGUGGGCCAGAUGAUUAGAAAUGUUAGCUAACUAACUGAAAGUUUAACUUCAAAAAGCUUAGAAGCAUUUCUUUUAUUUUUGCUUCCUUUUGUAGAAGUGACUCAUUCCACGAUAGAUUAACUAUGUUUUCCAGUUCACAAAAUCUGUACAAAAUCUCAUUUUAAUUUUCUAUGCAUCUAAGUGUGCAUAUAACAAUUAUCUAAAUUUUAACUCCUAGCUGUUAAGAACAAAAACAAUUUGAAAAAGCAAUUUGGUUUUAAUUUAAAUUGUGCUUUGUACCAUGUUUUAUAUAUCUGCUUGUAAUACUUCAGCCUUUGUAUUUAUAUUUUACAAUGCUCUGUAUUCUGACCUGUGUGACACCAUUAGAAUGAGAAAACAAUGCAAUAAACUCCCAAAGAAGUCA